AUGUCAUGUUUGUUUGAAACCAAUUGUCUUUUUGCAAAUUGUCUAUUUGGCAAAGCAUACUUGAUUUGGCGUCCUUUUUCGAUUUUUAAUUUUUUUUUUAAAUUUUCUAAAAAUUUUAGAUUUAUUAAAAUCAUCAAUAAUAUGGAAAAUCUGGAAAUGAACUAUGUCUUACAUACUUUUAUGGAUUAUUCCCAUACAAAACUCUCGUAUAUUCUUAAAAUGCAUGAUAAACUUGAGCAACAUUGGUUGAGAUUAAAGGAUAUUUUGGAGCAGAAAUGGUUUGUGAUGGAUGGGAAUGAAGAAUUGAUUAAUUUAAAAGUUGAAUGUUCACCGACAAUUCAGAGAGAGAACAAGGCUGCGAGUAUAAUUCAGGCAUGGUGGCGCGGUCUUUGUUAUCGCAAAUUUAUGUUGCAAGAACAUAAGGAAAAGCUAAAAUGUUGUGUUUUGCAACUUAGAGAAGCACCUUGUAGUGAGGAAAAUCCAAAAGAAGAGCGUUGUGAACCAUUAAAACAACGGAUUUUGCGUUACUUGAAUGGUCUUUUGUCUACUGUGCUUACUGAACGGAAAGUUAUGGCUUUACGUUUAAAUCGUCUGGCUGAUAGUUCACAUGUGGCUAUGGAAUGUAUGUUACAAAAUCGUGCUCUUCCAGUGAUACUUGAAUGCAUAACAGAUUUGAAUCGAAGCGUUGCCCAUCUCUAUGUUAUCCGACCUUUAUGCACGCUUCUCGUCAAGCUUCUUUCGUAUAAGCCUUUUGUCAAUCAAUAUGUAAUUGUUUGCUUGGACAAACUUCUUUCCAAUGCCAUCCACCAAAUUCACAAUAAUUACACUGAUUCCAGUAUAGUUUCUGAUCAAAUAAAUGUAAUUAAAGAGUUAUCUUGCUAUUCUGGAUUUGCUGAAAAGAUGAGAGCACUUCAUUUUGAUUGGUUUAUGCAAAAAUAUAAGCAACAUUUUGGGAAAUUGAAGCAAAACGAUCCACGUUUUAAUGCUUAUCGUUUUCUUUGUAAUGUACAAAAGAAUUUAAACAAUACUUUGGCAAUUAAAAAUGAUUGA